UCUAAAGAUCUAAAACCAUUUUGGCGAGAACCGAUGUUUCGUAAUGCAUCCUGAGGUUCUAAGGCAAACUUCUAGAAGAAAGCAAUCAUACUUAUGAUUUAGAGCACCAUCUUGCUCAAAAAGAGUUCAGAUAUGAGUUGCGCAAUAGUUGCACAUUUGGUUGCUUCUUCAUUAGACCGAAUUAAGCAUAAAAUUCUGUUAAAAUACUAUUUUCUCUCUUUUGAAAAUAAAAAAAAAUAAUAAGACUGAAAUAAAAUUUAUGACUAUACUAGCAUGAAUAUAGAGAAUGUAGUAUGUGUUCUGCAGCGUUUACAUUUGUUUGCAAAACUCGUCAGAGCUUCAUUAAAAAUCUCUUCCAUUUGGCUUAAAUAAAGAACAGCUGUAAUGAACAGACAACUGAUCAGGGAACUAAAUUUACCUGCUGUUGUGGAUAUUUAGAAAGUUAGAACAAGUAGUAUUAGUACUGAUAGAACCGAAUGAUACAAUGAUUUCCAUAUUUCCAAUUUUGAGAUCUUCGAAAAACAAAGAAUCUUCGAAAAGCCAAGAUUCCCGAGCUUAUAUUACCUUGUGGACCUGUCAUAGCUUAAAAUAGUUCAAGUAUCUAGUUUUUACUUCAAGAAACGAGCAACAAUUUCAAAAUUCGAUUUUUUUAUUAGUUAUGGAGAUGUCGUUAAAAUUUGAAUUUUCAGAAAACCACUUAUAACAGCGAUUCAUAAUUUAAAUGAUAAGAAUUCUAAACUUCCGUUUUGACCAUUGUACUGCUACUUGGGUUCAAUUUGUUCGAUUCUUUGAAUAUUUCGAGGAAUUCUCCAAUCAGAAUGAACACACAUCAAUUUCUGAAGAUUUUACCCUGAAGAGAGCAAAUUUUUGUGAAAUGAUUUGAAUCAAGCAUGUAUUCAAAAACCCUCAUUUUUCUUGUUCAAAUUUUUCAUUUAAAAAUUGGUGAGACUUGUUUUCAUUACUUGUUUAAAUUUAUAAAUCUAAUCCUUUCAACUUUAGAAGCUCUAAUGAAGAGAACUGACAAGUCCCGAAAUCAUACAUUUUCCCUCCUGACCAAGACUCUUGAGUUUAAGUUGAAGACUCAGAGCUACUAUGAAAUAAGGCCAGGGUUGGCUUCCCGCAAAAAUUUGAAGAAAAAGGAAUUAUAUUCGAAUAAAUUCCGACAACUCCUCAGAGUACAAGAGCAAGACCUGAGAUGAACAAAUUUCCCUGAGGUGUCAAUGAAGCAAUCCCUCAUCGAUUCUUUGUAAACUGCUCGCUAAUUGAACAUGUUUUGUA